AUGGUAAAGAAAAAGAGACAAAGCGAUCCUGGUGAGAAUGGCGAUGAGUCUACGGAAUCUUGCGACGAGAACGUCAAGUCCGCAUGUCCUCACGUCGCUAAAGCUGUUGACCUCACCCGACUGAAGAAAUCACUCAAAACUGGAGGUUUCGAAAAGGAAUGCUCGGAGUGCAAGAAAUCGUCGAAAAACGAGGUGUCCGACCCCGACUUUGAAGAAGAUUUGACGUUAUGGAUGUGUUUGCGCUGUGGGUCUCAACUGUGCGGACGUUCGCGCAACAAGCACGCUCUGAACCACUUCAACACUCCUCAUUCUGACUGUCAUGCGCUUACAGCUAACACCACUACAUGGGAAAUCUUCUGUUACAACUGCAACAAUGAAGUAACAGCCUCAAGUGCUAAAAAACUUCAUGAAUGUAUAGAGUGGCUUAAAAAGCAAGCAGUGAGUGGGGGAAAUGCAAAAUCUCUCCCUCCAAUAGAACUGCCGUUUAAUACAGAUCCUAAAAUUGAUGUAACUGUUGAAACUAUAAUCAAAAUUGACCCUUUAUCAAAACCCAUAACAAAAGAUAAAGCCAUGUUGAACUUGCCAAGAGUAAGGGGUCUCACAAACUUAGGGAACACCUGUUUCUUUAACUCUGUUAUGCAAUGUUUGGUGCAAACCCCUUAUUUGUUGCAAGUUCUUCAGGAGAUGGCUAAUCCGGGGGAAAGAUUUACUCUACCUGGUGGAAAAUUAAAGUUAAAUGGUGAGGAAGAUAAAGAAGUAGAAUUACCUCCUAUAACAGGACAGUUGGCAGAAUGGGGUCCUCUUACUCGCACACUGGCUGAAACUUUAAGUGAGCUUCAAGCAGGAGAUGGUGGUGUGUACACUCCCCGCAAGCUGCUCUCGGCGCUGGUGACCAAGCUGCCGCAAUUCGGUGGCGGAGAUCAACACGACGCUCACGAACUGCUCCGACAUUUCCUCGAAGCCGUCAGGUCAGAAGAUCUUCGGCGUUACCAGUCAGUGAUAUUGAAUAGCCUCGGCAUGAGUUCCAAGGUAGACCCUGCGAAGGUCGAUGGUGAAGUCAAGCAAAAGGUGAAAUUCUAUGGACAACAGGCCUCCGACACUAUGUUAAGGCCUGAACAGGUGUUCCGCGGUUUCCUAGUCUCAACCCUGGAGUGCCAGGAGUGUCUUCACCAGUCAGACCGCGCGGAGUAUUUCUUAGAUCUUUCAUUGCCUGUCGCAGCGAGCAGACCACAGCCGCCUGCAGUAGUGAGACGAAAAACGCCCAAUGAAGAGAAUAUGUACAAUACCCAAGAGGAGAACAAACCAUCCAAACAUCAACUGAAGAAGGAGCGGAUAGCUGCUCGCAAGGCAGCUAGGAAAAAUAAAGGUAAUUCAACUUCGAAAGAGGAUGCUCCGCCUGGUGAUACAAAUGGCACGACCAAGGUUGACGGUAAGUCAUCCUCAGAGCAGUCUGACGCUGACGUAGAAGACAACCUCGAGGAUCAACCCCGUCCCGUCGACACUCACACCGUAUCUGUAGGCACGCAGGCCGUUGCUCACACCGCGGCGAACUUUGCCGCUUACCACAUGGAAUCCGGGUACAACUCCGAGAAAGUCAUCAGCUCGGACUCUAUCCGAACUAGUCCCGUCGAUAUGCAUAAAGAGAAAACAGACAACACCCCCGAACAUAUGAAUAAGGAUAAAGUUGAAUUCGCGGAUAUGUCCACAUCAACCACUGCUGUUCCACUUGAUUAUAAACCUUUAAAAUCUUUAGAGAACCUCUCCAAUCCGGAUUCUGGAGUCGCGAGCCCAGAGGCUACUAAACAUAAUUCAACGGAAACUGUCGAUAACGUCGACUCCCCGACUAAUGGCAAAGAACUUGGUAGCCAUAGUUCCCUCUCGAGCGAGAUCAACCUAGAUCUAUCGAGUCCACAACAUAAUAAACUAUCUCCUAAAACAGAGUUCGAGAGACCCGUAUCGAGAAUAUCCUUCGUGCCCGAGUAUACAAACGAGGUCGUAUCUAGAGGUAUCAGCGUCCAAGGAUGUCGCAGUUUAUUAGAACACAGCGGAGAAAGCAGUUACGAGUCUCUCCCCGAGAGCAAGACUCUCAACGACUUGAACAAUCAUUUGGAUAAACUCAAACUUUACAUGGACGAUUCCAAGACUAAAAAACCAGCUUUACCUUCGCCAGUUGCAGCUGAGAGUCCAGCAGAUCCUCCUCCACCUGCGCCGAAGCCUAAAAUCAAUAAUAUCGAGGCCGAAAAGAGUCAAAGAGACUUCCUACCUUAUUCCCGCCAAAGUCCACUUUCACCGCGCUACGUAUGCGAUGAAGAUGAAUGCAGUAUACAAUCCUGCCUUAGCCAAUUCACCGCUCUGGAACUGCUGACUGGUAACAACAAAGUUGGUUGUGAGACUUGCACUGAACAUCACAAUGGGAAAGAAGGGAAAACAGUAUACACGAACGCCACUAAACGGUUCCUAGUUUCGAGUCCACCGGCGAUCCUCAUUUUACACCUGAAACGGUUCCAGAUCGGGCCGAGGUGCAUGUUCAGAAAGAUGUCUAAACACGUCGACUUCCCUACCAUACUGGACUUGGCUCCGUUCUGCGCUAUGGACAAAGUUAGAAAACUUCCGAACGUGAUGAAGGGGCAAAAUGAACUUCUUUACUCACUAUAUGGAGUUGUGGAGCAUUCGGGAGGCAUGCACGGAGGUCAUUACGUAGCCUAUGUGAAAGUGAGAGGCCCUGUACGGGCUGGCGACCCGCGGUGGUGGUUCCUACCUAAAAGUGGAAACAUAGUGGCGUCGCCGGCCGGCAGCGGGGAUGUCGAAAACGACUCUGAAUCUGAACUGUCAGGAUACGAGUCCGGAGAAGGUCCGCUACCCACAGCGGAGCCGCCUUCCGGUAAAUGGUACUACGUGUCCGACAGCAUGGUCUCCGAAGUGAGUGAGGACAAGGUGCUCAGAGCGCAGGCCUACCUCUUGUUUUACGAGAGAGUUUUAUAA